GGACGCGCAUGGUUUUGGCAACCCAUGUGAAUAUGACUCCUCCAACCAUUUCCAUACACAUACACACACACACCGCCCCUUCCACUUUGCCAGUCUAGCUUUCUCUCAAUUCCCACAAAAUUCCUUUUCUUUAACCACCUUUUUAUAUUUCACCCUUUUCUUUUGUCAAACCAUUUUUCUAAAGUAAUCUCCCCAAUUUUCCUUCUUCAUUUUAGGCAACUCCAACUGCCUUUCCCACAAAAGAUUUCCCUUUCCUUCUUCACAGCCACAACCAAAAUUACCUUAAACAAUUCCUUACAACGUGGGGAUCAUACUUACCCUCUCUGUGAAAUGCUGAGUAAAAAGUGUCUGUUGCUGCUGUCAUUAGGUUUCUUUGCUUUUCAACUCUAACUUUGAAUAAUAGCACCACCUCCACAGAAUCGGUGGGUCCUCUUUUAUGAGAAAUUCUCUCUUUUGGCUCUCAAAAUCUUCAAUUCCUACUCCUACAGUGCCAAUACACAAAUGAAAAGAAUCUCGCUUCACUGCAUUUGAUAUCUUUUGUUUUUUUCAAACUUAAUGGGAUCUUUCAGCGGAUUAGGUAUUGGGCUGAGUUUUGUUUUUGGUUUCAUUUUAAUGGGGCUUGUCGCAGAGCUUUGUUAUCUGCUAUGGUGGAAGAAGAAAACAGUGUAUUCACAAAGCGCCAAAAUCGAAAAUCUCGAGAAAUUCUCGUUUCCGCUGUGCUGGAAGAAUCCGGAUUCCGUGGGCAGCAGCCGAGAACUCACCAACUCAAUCAGAAGCCAGUUCGAACAACAAGACGUGGAAACGGGGCUGAGCAAAUCGGAUUUGGCGGCCAAGGGUUACGGCGAGGAAGGGGUGGAAUCGGAGUUGAUGAGAAUGCACAAUCUGUGCGGGCCGCCGCGAUUCCUGUUCACGAUCAAGGAGGAAAGCAGGGAGGAUUUGGAUUCGGAGGAUGGGAAAUCGAGAAUCAGCAACUGCAAGAGUUUCGGCAUCGGCAGCCCUCUGGCUUCGCCGGCUGUCAGGGCUUCCAAUUUGUGGAGCGGCGAGGCGAUGGCGGAGGCGGAGGUGAACAGAUUGCGAUCGUCGCCGCCGCCGACAUUCAAGUUCUUGAAGGAUGCAGAGGAUAAAUUUAUGAGGCUGCAGGAAGCAGAGAGGAGAAGGACUCAAGAGAAAGGAGACGAUGAUGUUCCGUUUGUUAAGCUGAGCAAGGCGGCGGCGCAGGUGAUGCCGCUGCCUUCUUCUCCGACGAGAAAUCCCUAGAUCUUCUUCCAUCACUUGAGGAUCUACUGAUUUAGCUUAUUAAUUAUUCUAUUCCUCAAUCAGUUUUUUUUUUCUUUGUAUAUGUCGAUUGAUUUAAUUUACUAAUUUUGAUCCUGUUUAA